AUGUCUGAAAUAAAGGUCGAAAGUGCAGCGCAACUUGAAAAUGAAAUAAAAAAAAUUCAAGAAACAUUUCAAGUAAAAGAAACAGAGCAUACGUGGCAGUUGUUUGAUGAUGCGUUAAAACGUUUGGCUUCUUUGAGUCGUGGCGGUGCUAUCAACUAUGAAAAAACAUUCAUAUCUGGGAUAAAAUCUUUGAGGCAGCCUAUUCUGGAUUCGAUACUUACGGAUCGGACGCGAUUGUCUGGAACGGCAACAGAAUUAGUUGAAGAACUUGGCAGAGUUCUCGGACCGAAAUUCGAUACACUUGCGGAAUCGUUCGUGCCAGCUAUCCUGAAGCUAUGCACGCGCGCAAAUAAAAUUUUUAUUAGUAGAGCUCAAAAAUGUAUGAUGACAAUAAUUCGAGGGUGCCAUGUUCCGAACUUGAUUCCAAAAUUUAAAGAAGCAUUGCAAGGUCAAAGUAAAAUAUUGAGAACUUGCGCAUCUGACUUUGUUCUCGUUAGUAUUGAGGUAAAUGAUGUUGGAAAUUUGAAUAAUUAUAUUGCUGAUUUGGAGUGGAUUAUUAGAGAGGGGGCAAUAGAUUCUGCGCCAGCUGUCAGGGCAACCUCAAAGAAAAUUUUAGAGAUUUACAAAGUAAAAUUUGAUUUACGACUAGAGGAGUUUGUUAACACAUUAUCUCCUAAUGCGAAAAAAAAUUUGGGAAUUCAGGAACGAACAAGUAAUCAGCGUCCACGUAUUAAAACAUUACAAAAAAGUCGUAAAUAUAAUGUGCAACAAAUGCAGGAUGACGUCAUUAUAUACAUGAAGAAUGAUGAAAAUGCUAAAGACAAAAAACCCAAUAAUGUCAUAUCUGAAAAAACGGCAACGGUUCAAGAUGAUAUUACAUGUACUGGAGCUGGAGUUGUUCAACGUGUCAAGUCCAAAGAUCGAGCAGGAACAAAUCAAGAAGAAAAAACAAAAGCUAGUCGAGUUUUGAAUACUAGCAAAUCCAACAAUGCGAAACCUACACGACCACCCUUACCAUCCCGCACGAUAAAUGUACCAGUCGUAAGCUCUAAUAAGACCAAACCUGUACAAACAUCAACAAACAAGAAAAAAUCUGCGCCGUUUUCCUCAUAUAAACCACCUUUGGUGAAGGAGUCAAAGGUUGCUAUAAAUUCUAUACCAAAACCAUCAAAAGUGACAGCAACUGCCACGUCAACAGCAGAAGGGCUGACAACUACGGCAACCAUAUCGGUGUCAAUUUCUGCUGCAUCUACUCCGGACCGAACACAAUCAAUGUCCAAAUAUGCGCCUUCAAGCGCACGUAUUUUCGGCAGAACAAAAGAUCGUCAAUAUACACCAUAUGAAAAGCCUGCCAUCGGAUUCGCUACGCGGAAAUAUAAAAACAAAAUACCACAAGAUUCUUCGGAAUUAAGUGCAAAAUUAAACGCUUAUGCUAACAAAAUAAUUGAAGAAUUGACUGGGCAACGUGAAAAUAUUGAAGACAAUGAAAAUAUGACUUUGGAACUUAUUCCAAAAUUAGAAGAACAAAUUUUCGAGACCAAUACGCAAAGAAGUAGGGUAUCUCUUAAACAAGCACUAUCAGCCACGCAAUUAAUUACUCCUAUACCAUCGAAGCCUUCCCCUCCACUUACAUUUAUUGAUCCUGUAAAGUUUUUGGAAGAUGUUCGUGGGGCUGAUGUUAGGGAUG